UAGAGAUCUUACUAUCACGGGCUUGUUUUCAUCAGGUGCAGCCCGUUAACAACAACAAUAACAUCAGGAUAAUCUCCCUCCCCUCUCCACUUCUCCCUGACACAAUGCACCGACUCAUGCUCGUGUUUCUCGCCGCGGUAUGGGCCUCUGUCCUCGGCCUCCGCAGGGUGGAAGUCUCCGCGGCUAAAGGGCCCUGCCUCGCCCCGCUGCAGUGGGAGGGCAGGUGGGUACAGUACGACCACAGCACCGGGAGGAACAGCCGAGCCGCAGUGUCGUACGACGGCGUGAAUCAGAGGCUCCGAGUCCUGCAGCAACACAAGAAACACACCCCGUGUCAGAAGUAAGGUCCUCCAUCGUGGAUUUCCACGGCCUGGGCACAUGUCGACUCAGUAAAUAUUCCGUGUAAAUAACAAUAAAUGCAAAGAUAAUCAAUAAUUUAAUGAUCUGAUGACCAAAACUUUAAUACACAUCAUAAUUAAAAAUAUCUUUGAUUAAAUUAUGUUUAAAAUUAAAGAAAUAAACACCAUCCCAGUGUUUACAGAGUCAAUUAGAAGACAAUAAACACAAACAUAAAGGCACAACUUUAUUAAUAAUUAAAAACGUUUUACAAAAAAGAGUUCGUUGGAAUUUGAAAUAGAACAAAAAGAGAAAAAUAUUAAAGCUUUACAGAUCUGGUUUAUGGCGUUAUUAGGAUCAGCAUUUGGGAUGUGAGGAAUCACCAGGGGUGUGUCCUGAAUGAUGGUGUGGGGUGGCAAGGGCCCCAUGAGCGCCGCCCUGAAAUCUGAGUAUAAUUGGCUUAAGAAGUUAAAGAAGCUAAACUACUCAGGUAUUUGUAUGGAGUUGUAACAGUUGACAUUUCUCACUUAUUUCUAGCAUUAGGGAGAGCAGCUGGCAUGGUGGGGACAUCAGUCUUAAGGUAUAAAUUGACGUUAAAAAAGGCAACAGUUUUUUCGCCGUGUGGUCGAACACAUCAAUACGCUAAAAUCUCACUCUUGCCAUUUUCUGAAACUUGGCAGCCCUGCAUGUAAACAUGUUUGUCAGACUAAAAUCUCAUCAAGGUGAAAAUCCGGAGGUCAGUCAGGGAUUGUGUCUUAUUUCUGGCUGUAAAUGUGAAGAUAUCUCAGGUUUUCAUUCUGCUUCUGCUCCAGGUUUUUUGAGUACAUCUAUUUGUACCAGAGCAUGGUGAUGUUCCAGAUAGACCAGAAGACCAAAGACUGCUCCAAGAUCGCUCUGACCGAUGCCUGGGAUCCCUUCGACAUCCCUGACAACUCUACUUUUGAGGACCAGUACUUCAUCGGAGGGCCCGGAGACAACAUCGAGGUCCAGGAGUGGUCGGACAGAAAGCCGGCACGCCAACGUAAGCCCUUUUUUAAAAAAAAACACCCCAGAAACCACCUCCUAACCUGAGUACACAUGAGCGAAGGUCAAAGUCUGUCAGUUUUGGCUCUGGUUUGGCUUCAGCUGCAGAUUUCUGAGAUAACAGCAAACUUUCAUCACUUUAAUCAUUAAUUUUGUCCUUUUUGAACAUGAGAAUCACCUGAAAAUAACCAGUCACACGCUGCUCAUGUAUGGUCAGUAUUUCAUGCAGCCAACAGCCCUGUAACCUUUUCUGUCCUCUCCUCCAGAUGAGACCUGGGUGGGCGUCUACACCCUAAAGGACUGUUACCCAGUGCAGGAGACCUACACCAGGAACAGCAGCGUCACCACCUCCACCCGCUUUUUUAACCUCGAGCUGGGCAUCAGCGACCCUGAGGUCUUCACCCCGCCCGGCACCUGUCAGUCAGCUCGGCCUGAGAGGAUGUCCGAGUCCUUGUGCUGAGGGUUCACCUGCUCUCACCUUUGACUUUAGACACUGAGAGGGGAACCCUGCGAUUUUUCUUUAGCGAUAUAGAUGUCGAUCUAAUACGUUAACACAUGAGCGGCGUUUGUCUACACUUUAAUGAGAACUUACAAUGAAACAAAGGUCAAUGAAAUCACUGCCUCUUCACUCGCUCAGUCAGAGUCAGACUCUGCUGCAGGUUUUUAAGGGAGGGAGGGUUUUGCACAUCGAUGAUCAGGGAGAUUUGUCUUAAUGUGCGCGGAUUUGAGUCUCUGACAGCUUAAUUGUUUGUGUUUAACUACAAGUAAAAGCGCUAUUUCCAUUAGACCGCCACUGUUAAAAGGACUUAAAGCUCCUAUGAGGAAGUUUUUGACGUUCAUGAAAUAGGCUGAAACUCACAUUAAAGGGAUAUUCCGGCGUAAAAUUAAUGUAGGGUCAAACGCACUGUAACACCAAGUUAGACACCCCCUCGAGAGAUGAAUGUUGCCGACUGCUUGCUUCUCUAGUUAUACCAACUUUAGUAACGACCGUAGGAUAGAAAUACACAGCGGUCUGAGGAGCCAUAAACAAACCUCGACCAAAACGCCACUUUAUAGCCACAAAUAAUGCUCAGAACAGUACCUAACGGACUGCAGCGGGGUGACACAGCUCAAGGAAGAACAUUUAUGAUCAUUUCUUCAUGGAAAUACAAUCAGACCGAGACGCUAAGGCAGAAGAACUACAGCAUCUGCAGUGAAAAAUAAUUAAUAUGAUGAUUAUUACUUCAAGGAAAUUAUAAAGUAAUGAUCAAAAAUGUUCUUCCUUAAGCUGCGUCACCCCGCUGUAGUCUGUAAUGGACUGGCCUGAGGUCUCUCUACAAACAAGCGGCUGCUGGAAGAGAGUAGGUGAGUUGUGUUUAGUCUCUUUGCUAAAGAAAUGAGUCAAAGUUAAAAAGAUGUUUGGUGUCUAGUACUAUGGCUGGGACCCUGUAUGUCCUGUUGAUGAAGUUAGGUGCUGUUCAGACCGCUGUGUAUUGCUAGCGUGCGGUCGUUACUAAAGUUGGUAUAACUAGAGAAGAAAGUGGUCGGCAACAUUCAUCUCUUACAGGGGUGUCUAACUCGGUGUUACAGUGCGUUUGACCCUAACUUAACUUUACGCCGGAAUAUCCUUUUAAUGUGCGGUUAUUUGAGUCUGUUACAGCUGAAUUGUUUGUGUCUUUUUACAAGUAAAAGCGUUAUUUCCAUUAGACUGCUACUGUUAAAAGGACUUCUGUUUUUGACAUUAAAAAAAUAUGACAUUGAAAUCAUCAAGCUUGUUUGUGUUUCAUAAAAAGGCAAAAUUAUAAACUUCAAUCUGCUUCAUAAAUGUCAAAAAACUCCCUACAGUAGCUUUAAUGUUAAUAUAGCAUCAUAUGAGCUUAUUUGGUGGAGGGUUUGUAUUUCAUGGAGCAACACGUCCUCUAACUUGCAAACAUAUCCAACAUAUCCAUGUUUAAAGUGCAUUAUGUAAAAAUCAAGUCUGACUGUGUGGUGAGAUAAAAAGUGUAAAGAUGCUGCUUUGAAUUAAACGGUCUGAAUAAACCUCCAC